ACAUAAGCCGCCACCAUGAGUACAGACGCGGAGAUGGCCAUCUAUGGCAAGGCUGCCAUUUACCUCCGGAAGCCAGAAAAGGAGAGAAUUGAGGCUCAAAACAAACCUUUUGAUGCCAAGAGUGCCUGCUACGUGGCCGAUGCCAAGGAGCUAUAUGUAAAGGCAACAAUCCUCAAGAAAGAUGCUGGCAAAGUCACUGUCAAAGUCCUGGACACUGAGGAGGAGAGGACAGUCAAAGAAGAUGACGUCUCUCCAAUGAACCCUCCCAAGUAUGACAAGAUUGAGGACAUGGCCAUGAUGACCCAUCUCAAUGAAGCCUCUGUGCUGUAUAACCUCAAAGAGCGUUAUGCAGCAUGGAUGAUCUACACCUACUCUGGGUUGUUCUGUGCCACUGUGAACCCCUACAAGUGGCUCCCAGUGUACGAUGCUGAAUGUGUGGCUGCCUACAGAGGCAAGAAGCGUAUGGAGGCUCCACCCCACAUCUUCUCUGUCUCUGACAACGCUUAUCAGUUCAUGCUUACUGAUAGGGAGAACCAGUCUGUCUUGAUCACUGGAGAAUCUGGUGCUGGAAAGACUGUGAACACCAAGCGUGUCAUCCAGUACUUUGCAACAAUCUCAGUUGGUGGAGACAAAAAGAGGGACAUGUCAAAGGGGUCACUGGAGGAUCAGAUUAUUGCAGCCAAUCCCCUGCUGGAGGCCUACGGUAACGCCAAAACUGUGAGGAAUGACAACUCCUCUCGUUUUGGUAAAUUCAUCAGAAUUCAUUUUGGCACAACUGGCAAACUGGCUAGUGCUGAUAUUGAGACAUAUCUGCUGGAGAAGUCUAGAGUGACAUUCCAGCUUCCUGAUGAAAGAGGCUACCACAUCUUCUACCAGAUGAUGACCAACCACAAGCCUGAGCUGAUUGAGUUGGCACUCAUCACAACCAACCCCUAUGACUUCCCCAUGUGCAGCAUGGGUCAGAUCACUGUGGCCAGCAUUGAUGACAAAGUUGAGCUGGAAGCCACUGAUAAUGCUAUCGAUAUCCUGGGCUUCUCCGGUGAAGAGAAGGCAAAUAUCUAUAAGAUGACUGGUGCUGUGCUCCAUCAUGGUAACAUGAAGUUCAAGCAGAAGCAGCGUGAGGAGCAGGCUGAGCCUGAUGGCACAGAGGAGGCUGACAAGGUUGCUUACUUACUGGGUCUGAACUCAGCUGACAUGCUGAAGGCUCUGUGCUAUCCAAGAGUAAAGGUCGGAAAUGAAUUUGUCACCAAGGGACAGACUGUACCUCAGGUGAAUAACUCAGUGAGUGCCCUGGCCAAGUCUAUCUAUGAGAGAAUGUUCUUGUGGAUGGUCAUCCGUAUCAACCAGACACUGGAUACCAAACAAGCAAGACAGUACUUCAUUGGUGUCCUGGAUAUUGCUGGCUUUGAAAUCUUUGAUUUCAAUACCUUGGAGCAGCUGUGCAUCAACUUCACCAAUGAGAAACUGCAACAGUUUUUCAACCACCACAUGUUUGUCCUGGAGCAAGAGGAGUACAAGAAGGAGGGUAUUAUCUGGGAGUUCAUUGACUUUGGCAUGGAUUUGGCUGCCUGCAUUGAGCUGAUUGAAAAGCCUAUGGGAAUCUUCUCCAUCCUUGAAGAGGAGUGCAUGUUCCCCAAGGCCACAGACACAUCCUUCAAGAACAAGCUGUAUGACCAGCAUCUUGGCAAAAACAAAGCAUUUGAAAAGCCAAAGCCCGCCAAGGGCAAGGCUGAGGCCCACUUCUCUCUGGUGCACUAUGCUGGUACUGUGGACUACAAUAUCAUUGGCUGGCUGGACAAGAACAAGGACCCACUGAAUGAUUCCGUUAUCCAGCUGUACCAGAAAUCCUCAGUGAAACUGCUGCCUGUCCUGUAUCCUCCCGUCGUUGAAGAGACUGGUGGUGGCAAGAAGGGAGGCAAGAAGAAGGGUGGUUCUAUGCAAACUGUGUCUUCACAGUUUAGAGAGAACUUGGGCAAGCUGAUGACUAACUUGAGGAGCACCCAUCCUCACUUUGUGCGCUGCCUGAUUCCCAAUGAGUCAAAGACUCCAGGCUUGAUGGAGAACUUCCUGGUCAUCCACCAGCUCAGGUGUAACGGUGUGCUGGAGGGUAUCAGAAUCUGCAGAAAAGGUUUCCCCAGCAGAAUCCUCUAUGGUGACUUCAAGCAGAGGUACAAAGUGCUGAAUGCCAGUGUGAUCCCUGAGGGCCAGUUCAUUGACAACAAGAAGGCUUCAGAGAAGCUGCUUGGGUCAAUUGAUGUUAAUCACGAUGAGUACAAAUUUGGACACACUAAGGUGUUCUUCAAGGCUGGUCUGCUGGGUGUCCUUGAGGAGAUGAGAGAUGAAAAACUGGCAACUCUGGUCACCAUGACUCAGGCUUUGUGCCGUGGUUACGUCAUGAGGAAGGAGUUUGUGAAGAUGAUGGAGAGGAGGGAAUCCAUUUAUACCAUCCAGUACAAUAUCCGCUCAUUCAUGAAUGUGAAACACUGGCCAUGGAUGAAGGUGUACUACAAGGUCAAGCCUCUGCUGAAGAGUGCUGAAACUGAGAAGGAGCUGCAAAAUAUGAAGGAGAACUAUGAUAAGAUGACAAAUGACUUGGCUGCUGCCCUGGCCAAGAAGAAGGAACUGGAGGAGAAGAUGGUGUCCCUUCUACAGGAGAAGAAUGAUCUGCAGCUGCAAGUAGCAUCUGAAGCAGAGAAUCUGUCAGAUGCUGAGGAGAGAUGUGAGGGACUUAUCAAGAGUAAGAUUCAGAUGGAGGCCAAACUCAAAGAGACAAAUGAGAGACUGGAGGAUGAAGAGGAAAUCAAUGCUGAGCUCACUGCCAAGAAGAGAAAACUGGAGGAUGAAUGCUCUGAGCUCAAGAAGGAUAUUGAUGACCUGGAGCUUACCUUGGCCAAAGUGGAGAAGGAGAAACACGCCACUGAGAACAAGACUCUGCAGCAUGAAGCCACUGCUGCUGCUCUUCGCAAGAAGCAGGCUGACAGCGUUGCUGAGCUGGGAGAGCAGAUCGACAACCUCCAGCGUGUUAAGCAGAAGCUUGAGAAGGAAAAGAGUGAAUACAAGAUGGAGAUUGACGACCUCUCCAGCAACAUGGAGAAUGUUGCAAAAGCAAAGGGAAAUCUUGAAAAAAUGUGCCGCACUCUUGAGGACCAACUUAGCGAACUGAAGACCAAGAAUGAUGAAAACGUCCGUCAAAUCAAUGACACAAGUGCACAGAAAGCACGUCUCCUGACAGAAAAUGGUGAGUUCAGCCGUCAAAUCGAGGAGAAAGAAGCACUUGUCUCCCAGCUGACCAGAGGCAAACAGGCCUUCACACAGCAGAUUGAGGAGCUGAAGAGACAGAUUGAGGAGGAGGUUAAGGCCAAGAAUGCUCUUGCCCAUGGCCUGCAAUCAGCCCCCCGUCAUGACUGUGAUCUGCUGAGGGAGCAGUUUGAGGAGGAGCAGGAGGCCAAGGCUGAACUGCAGCGUGGAAUGUCCAAGGCCAACAGUGAGGUGGCACAGUGGAGAUCUAAGUAUGAAACUGAUGCUAUCCAGCGCACUGAGGAGCUUGAGGAAUCCAAGAAGAAGCUGGCCCAGCGCCUUCAGGAGGCUGAGGAGCAGAUUGAGGCAGUGAAUUCAAAGUGCGCCUCUCUUGAGAAGACCAAACAGAGGCUUCACAGUGAGGUGGAGGACCUCAUGAUUGAUGUGGAGAGGGCCAAUGGGCUGGCUGCCAACCUGGACAAGAAGCAGAGGAACUUUGACAAGGUGUUGGCUGAGUGGAAACAGAAGUACGAGGAGGGUCAGGCAGAGCUUGAGGGAGCACAGAAGGAGGCUCGUUCUCUCAGCACUGAGCUGUUCAAGAUGAAGAACUCUUAUGAGGAAGCUCUGGAUCAGCUGGAGACCAUGAAGCGUGAAAACAAGAACCUGCAGCAGGAGAUCUCAGAUCUGACUGAACAGAUUGGUGAGACUGGCAAGAGCAUCCAUGAGCUGGAGAAGUCCAAGAAGCAGGUGGAGACAGAGAAGUCUGAAAUCCAGACAGCUCUUGAAGAGGCUGAGGGAACUCUGGAACACGAGGAGUCUAAGAUCCUGCGUGUCCAGCUGGAGCUCAACCAGAUUAAGGGUGAGGUGGACAGGAAGCUGGCAGAGAAAGAUGAGGAGAUGGAGCAGAUCAAGAGGAACAGCCAGAGGGUGAUUGACUCCAUGCAGAGCACUCUGGAUUCUGAGGUCAGGAGCAGGAAUGAUGCCCUGAGAAUCAAGAAGAAGAUGGAAGGAGACCUGAAUGAGAUGGAGAUUCAGCUGAGCCACGCCAAUCGCCAGGCUGCUGAGUCCCAGAAGCAACUGAGAAAUGUUCAGGCACAGCUGAAGGAUGCGCAACUGCACCUUGAUGAUGCUGUCAGAGCCCAGGAGGACUUCAAGGAACAAGCUGCUAUGGUGGAUCGUAGGAACGGUCUCAUGUUGGCUGAAAUUGAGGAACUCAGAGCUGCUCUGGAACAGACAGAGAGAAGUCGCAAAGUUGCUGAACAGGAGCUGGUGGACGCCAGUGAGCGUGUUGGACUUCUGCACUCUCAGAACACAAGCCUUGUGAACACCAAGAAGAAGCUUGAGGCUGACCUGGUCCAGGUCCAGGGAGAAGUGGAUGACACUGUUCAGGAAGCAAGGAAUGCAGAGGAGAAGGCCAAGAAGGCCAUCACUGAUGCUGCUAUGAUGGCUGAGGAGCUGAAGAAGGAGCAGGAUACCAGUGCUCACCUGGAGAGGAUGAAGAAGAACCUGGAGGUCACUGUUAAGGACCUGCAGCACCGCCUGGAUGAGGCUGAGAACCUGGCCAUGAAGGGUGGAAAGAAGCAGCUCCAGAAACUUGAGUCAAGGGUGCGUGAGCUGGAGGCAGAGGUGGAGGCUGAGCAGAGACGUGGAGCAGAUGCUGUUAAGGGUGUCCGCAAAUAUGAGAGGAGAGUAAAGGAGCUCACCUAUCAGACUGAAGAGGACAAGAAAAACAUCUCCAGGCUGCAGGAUCUGGUUGAUAAGUUGCAGCUCAAGGUGAAGGCCUACAAGAGGCAGGCUGAGGAGGCGGAGGAGCAGGCCAACGUCCAUCUGUCCAAGUGCAGGAAAAUCCAGCAUGAGCUGGAAGAGGCUGAGGAGCGUGCUGAUAUUGCGGAGUCCCAGGUCAACAAGUUGAGAGCAAAGAGUCGUGACUCUGGCAAGGUAAAUACAUACAAAUUUCAGUUAAAUGAAAAUUAAACGUAGGUCAUGCAA